AUUAACGCAAACUCUGUGCUCUGGUGUGGGCUGUUUCAUUUUUCGAUCUAUGUUGAAUGAACAGAAAAUCAAAUUUAUAUCAUUUAUAUCAUAAUUAUAAUACUAGCCAACAACGGAACAAGUGACAGCAAUAAGUCAACAAUAUCACCGACAAAUUGACGAGUUAUAGGAAACGUUGUCCACAAAUUGUUAUCAAUUGUCUCUUUUUCCUCCUCAACGUUAAACAACACAUAAUAUGGCACUGUAUCCAUCUCUCGAAGACAUGAAGGUGGAUCAAAUGAUGAAGGCCCAAUUGCAAUCAGAAUAUGGCGAAUAUACAUCUCAGGUGAAUGCAAACACAACUCCAUCAAUUCCAUCAGCUCCAAUUGCUGGCAACCGACAAGACUAUGAUGAAUUUUCCGGAGCAUUGUAUCCAGCACUGAGAGACUAUAUGGGUCUUGAAUUAACGGCUGAAAUGAUUGAGGCCAACAUGCCUGAGUACUCGGUUACCAUUGGCCAAUCUAUGGCAGUUGCCACAUCAGGACAAAUUAACGGCAUGAUUGCACCAAUUUCUGGUGAUUCUCUGGGCUUACAACGAGCUCAAGUAACGAAUGGCAUUAGGGAGUUGACUCUCUGUAAGGAUAAGGAUGGAAAAAUUGGACUGCGUGUGCACUCAAUAAAUAGUGGAAUAUUCGUUUGCCUUGUAAGUCCAAAUUCUCCAGCAGCUCUUGCUGGCCUCAGAUUUGGUGAUCAAAUCCUCGAUAUCAAUGGAACUUCUGUUGCCGGUUUUUCAAUGGAUCAAGUGCACAAAUUGUUGAAAAAUGCCCCAGUUAAUGGCAUCAAGGUCAUUGUCAGAGACAGACCAUUCGAGCGCACAGUCACAAUGCACAGGGAUAGUUCUGGCCAAAUUGGUUUUCAAUUCAAGGAGGGAAAAAUAAUAGCACUCGUUAAAGACUCAUCAGCAGCUAGGAACGGACUCCUUACUGAUCACCAAAUUUUGGAAAUUAAUGGCAAGAAUGUUGUUGGCCUCAAAGACAAGGACAUUGCCGCUGAAAUAUCAAAUGGCCCCGCAGUCAUUACAAUCACAGUGAUUCCCUCAUACAUCUAUGAUCAUAUGAUCAAAAAGAUGUCAAGCAGUCUCUUGAAACUGAUGGAUCACUCAUCCGCCAACUUUUGAAUGUUUCCGACAAGAAAUGAUGAAAAUGUUUCAUCUUCAUCUACUCUUUUUUAUUUUUUAUUUUCAUCCUUUAUUGUUAUUAUUUUCAUCAUUUUUAUUACUGAUAUGCCAUUUGCAUAGAUUAAUGAAAUAUUUUUAACGAAAAAAAUGCCAAUCAACAGUUGUUGCAACUAUUGGAAAGUUCAUUCCUGUUUUUCAAUAUGCCGUUAAAUAGUUUCAUAAAGAAAUAUUAGUGACCGAGUAGUGCAACGCGAUAAUUUCAACUCAUUUAUUUAGAAAACGUAUAUACACCAUUCUAUAAUAUACGACAAAAAAAUGUAGAAAAAGGUGAACAAAUAAUAGGGGCAAACAGGAUGGAAUAUAUAGUAUAUCGUUAUUAUUACAUAUUAACAUCAAUACAUGUGUAGAAAUUUAUCAUGUUGAUAUACUUUUUCACAUAUUA